AUGGAGAAUCAACCUGCGGCUGGUAACUCACCAGCCGCGCCGCUGAUUCAACAAAACUCAGCCCUAAUCCGAACCGAUCAGGUUCAGAAACUCCCACAUUUGGGCGACUCGCAGAAACAAACACACACUGCUCUGGUGCGGGGUCUCUGGGACAUCCUCAACUCACAUCCUCCAGGUUCCAACGAGUACAACGGCGCCCACACAAAAUUAACCCAGGUCUCGCAGAAUCUCAUGAGAGGCAUGAGAAUGUUCCAAGCAAGUCGCCAACAGCAGCUGCAGCAGCUUGCUCAGCAACAGCAACAGCAAGCCCAACACAUCCAGGCCCAGGCCCAGGCAGUUCAAGCUCAGACCCAGGCUCAAGCGCAGCAGCAGCAGCAGCAGCAGCAGCAGCAGCAGCAACAACAGCCGCAGACGACCCAGCAGCAGACCCAGCAGACCCAGCAGGGGCCUCAGCAGCAAGCCCAGCCGCAGUCGCAGCCGCAGCAAGCCCAGAUGAGUCGCCCUCCCACCACCACCACCAACCCCCAAGCCGUUGCCAAUCCCGCGAGCCAAGCACGACCCCAGAUGGGUAUCCCGCAGAGCUUCCAGCAGUUGCUCCCCCAGAUUCGCGCCAAGGUCGACACCUUGACCUUUAUCCUCCCUCCCACGAUUACAAAGGAUCAGUCCGAUGGCUGGAUGCAGGAGGCAAGGCUCCGAUAUGGUCUCGCGUUACAGAAACAAGAGCUGGGCAAGGUUAAGCUGAGUGAUUUACGCCAGCAGUAUAAUCAGCGCCAGAGUGCCGGAAACCUGUCCCAAGAGGAGAUCCAGGAGUUCAAGAACCGCCAGACAGCUGCUGAAAGACUCUUACGCGAGGGAAGCGACUUCCUGGGAAAGUUCAAAGAACAGCAGGAGAGUUUCCGCGUGCAGACCCAGCAGCUCGCAGCAAGCCGACAAGCAGGUCAAAAUGCGCCUUUGCAAGGCCAAAUAGGUGCUGACGGCCGUCCCCAGCAACCCGUUACUACGGCACCCGCUCCGCAUACCAUUAAUUCUGCUGUCGUUGCCGCCCGUGCCGGUCAAGCCCCUUCCCAGAUGCCUGGUCAGACUGCAACUGCCGUCACUGGUGCAACCCACGCGCCAAUCCAGCCACCGGUAACCGCUGUUCAAGGCACAACAUUAAGCGCGUUUGGUCAGCAAGCUUCCCAAGAAGGAACUGCCGCCGCUUCCCAGACCCCAACCACUCAAGGUCCCCCACGCCCGUUGUCUCAACAAGCUGCCAUGGCGCAAGCUGCGCAAAAUUAUUCGAAUGCGAUGAAUCAACCACCAGCUACCACGCAGCCAGCGACUACUCAUGCGCACCCGCCAAACUAUGUCAGCAGCCGUGGCGACUCGCGCAACGUUACCAUGAAUAUUCAGAAGAAUCUGAACGUCCCUGCCCCGGAACCGGUUAGCAUGGCUCCCGCACGCCCGACUCUUACCAGUGGACCAAGCCAUGGGGCUACCGGCGUCAUGGGCCAGCCUGCCAUCCAGAAGCAUCCAGGUUAUGUUUUGGAGGGAGAAGGCCAGCAUGUUCUGAGCAAGAAGAUGCUAGAUGUCUUGGUGAAGCAAGUUACUGGCGGUGGAGAUGGAGAGGGAUUGACUCCAGAUGCUGAAGAGUUCCUCCUCCAAAUGGCCGAUGAUUUCGUCGACGACGUUAUCACUGCAGCUUGCCGUCUCGCAAAGCUCCGCCCUUCCGCCACCCUUGACAUUCGUGACAUCCAGCUUGUUUUGGAACGUAACUACAAUAUGCGCAUUCCCGGGUUCACCGCAGAUGAUCUUCGCACCGUCAAGAAGCCACACCCCACGCAGGGUUGGAUUCAGAAGAUGUCUGCUGUCCAGGCCGCCAAAGUCACUCAGGGUCGCGCUGAUUAG